GUUGUACCAGUCACAAGCCCAUACGAUGGCACCCACAGCAUCUUCGUCCAGAAUCAAAUCAAAGCCUUAUGACAGGGCGGCAUCCAGCAGCUCAAAGGGCAAGGCGAGAGCUGAGUCGGCUAUCGUCGCUGGAUCAUUGUCAGCGGGUAUCAACAUUGGUGCACCGUCCACGAAGCAGAAGUCGAGAAAGGGAAAGAAGGCAUGGAGGAAGAACGUGGAUAUCACAGCGGAGGAACAGGCAUUAGAGCAUGCCAGGGAAGAGGAGAGAGUGACGGGAGGCAAGCUGUCGGAAGCGAAGAAUGAUGCUCUGUUCACGAUCGAUACGGUCGGUGAUGUUCAGGUCGCUCAAAAGCUUCGUCGCAUAGCCAAGCCCCUCCGAUCUCUCGCUGUCCUCAAUGAACGCUCCGCUGUCCCCUCCUUGACUUCCCGUUCCACCUCGGCUGGUUCGAGCAAGGCAGUCAAACUAUCUUCGAGCGAGAAAGCUCGUCUGCGUCGUAUAGCACGAAAGACUCAACCAGCAGAUGGGGAAACAAUUCACUCAGCAGACAUCAAGUCUACGACGGUCACAUUGACGGACGCAUGGUCCACUGCAUCAGACCAUUUACCCGUCAAGGCUAAAGGCGGUUUCGGAGAAGAAGGGAUGGUCAAACGGCUCCCGAAAGCUCCAGUGACCCUGGCUAGACGGCGCGAGAUGUACCUCUCGACUCAGGUCGAAGGUCAAGGAGCGGUUGAGACGCCAGAGGGUGGAACGAGUUAUAAUCCAUCCGUGGAGAGUCAUUCGAGAUUGAUUGAUAUGGCAUUGGAGGAGGAGCGAGCGUUGUUGGCUAGGGAGGAGGACGAGGCGAAGAGGGUCAAGGGUGGUGAAGAGAUUCUCAGUGCGCGUCGAGCGCCGGUCGAGGGAGAAUAUGCGCCAGGCAUGACGGUAGGGCCUGGAGAGAUGGAGGAGGAGGAUGAGGAUGAGGAUGAAGACGAAGAGGACGAGGAGCAGCAUCGCAUUAAAAAGAAAGCAACCAAGCGCAAGACACAAGCUCAGCGAAACAAGGCUCAGAGAGCUAAGGAAUUGGCCCGGUUGGAAAAGAUGGAAGCGCAAAAGAGAAGGUUGUUGAAAUCAGUCGGCAACGUCUCGGCGUUAGGGAAAAGCGCAGAGGAGAAGAGGGCGGCGAUGCUCGAAGCGGAGCGACUGGCCAAGUUCACAAAGCGUGAAAAGGAAAGAUUGGGCUUGAAGGGGGGCGAAAAAAUCGGAAAGCACAGGGUCGGAAAGCCUAAAGUGACUGUUCAACUAGGCGAGGACUUGGCCGAGUCUCUCAGACAGGUCAAGCCCGAGGGCAACCUUUUCAAAGACCGGUUCCUAGCUCUUCAGAAACGAGCUCUGGUUGAACCUCGCGUUCCUCAACUGCCAAAGAAGCGAGUACGAAAGAUGAAAGAGUACGAAAAACAUGCCUACAAGCAGUUUGUAUGAUCACAGCGGGUGUAGCAGCUGUAUGCACAUCCUCGCACGCAAUGUGCUC